GUGCAUGGCCCAUGAUCAAAUGAAGGCGUAACGGUGAUCAUCGCGUUUUUGGAGAGUUCGAUGCCUAUUUUGUUCAGUAUGAGUUGGAUACAAAGUGUCAAGCCUUUCUGGCCUCUCUUGUUCACAUUCAUACUACCCCGGGCCAUCAACUAUUACCGAGUGGUCAAGACGGCCGUCAGGACGAGACCUCCACCGAGACCGUUGCCACAAAAGACCGGCUACGGCCUCAACGCCCUGUUCGUGUCGACAUGUAUCUUCUUCUACCUUUCGCUACCCUUCAGGGGCAACGUCGAGGACCACAACAUCUUUGUCGUCACACAAUCUCGAUUCGCCAUGCCGACGGACGCGUUGUUCUCACGACUGGCCAUGCUCCGUGAGCACGGCACGUUGACGCCGGUCGACGAAGCUCUUCGAUCGAAAUUUACUUCUCCAGCUCUCCGCCGGAUCUAUCUCCGCUUCGGACCGUCGACGCUCUUGAACUGCACCUUUUGCCACGCCGACGACACCUUUUCCUACCUCCUCUACCACUACCCGAUCAACGUGUUGCUGCCUCACCUCUUCCACAUCUUUUGUCUGGGGUUCGCGACCUCGGAGACCAUUUGUGGCUACGAAUCCAGCCGGUGGCGAGGACGGGUUUUGCUCUGCGCACUGGCGCUCGCCUCGGUCGACGUCGCCGUGACGACGACGUAUUCGCCACUCACAGACCCAAGCACCCCCGCGCCGGGAGGCAUCUUCUGGCUGGCGUCGACGCUGCGCUGUCUGUGUUUGUGCCUCUUUGACGUCGCCGUGGCCUUGCUCAUCUACGCCAGCGCGACGGGGAGGUUCCUCCUCUUCAGCGCCCCGGCGGCAGCGGACCCGGAACUGGCCCGUCGACGGAUGGAAGAGGCCAUCACCAAGGCGAACCUGUCCCUCCAGCUCUCCCAGACCAACCUGCGCGCCUACACCAUCGCCCGCAACGCGACCGUGCGCAGCGCCACGCUCAAGGCCACCGACGACGAGUACUGGCGGAGCGUCGUCAGCGUGGAGGGAUCACAGGGCCUUGUUGUUGGCGGCGGCAACGUGUUCGAUGAUGAACAAGUCCAGGCCGCAAUCUCGAGAGCCUACGGUUCCGGCUCUAUGAAUAUCGAACAAAUGAGAAAAGAAGCAGAUGUUUAUGUCAAGAACGUUACGAGAGGACUAGACCCGACAAGAUAGAUACACAGGUAGCUAGAUACCCGUACGAGUAGAGUUCUUGCAGAUAGACUUUGGCCAACGGACAUCUAUCUAUCUUACUGUAAGA